AACGUACUAAAAAAAAAAAAAAAAAUCAGCUUAACCUCAAAAACAAACAUCCAGUCUGUGAUCUAAUAACAAUUAUUAAUAAAUUUCAUUUUCCAUUAGAAAUCUGUUACAGUAUUAAUCGUCUCAUUAAUUAUAAUUUUAUCUAAAUGCGCUAAAAUGAAUGUUUCCCGGCAUCUUUGCGUAUUCCGCCAUCACAAUGUCAGCAAAAACAUCUACAAGAAAUUUCGUUCUUCGUCAAUUAACUAUCAAUCUACACAAUCUGCACAGCCUCGGGUCGUGGAUGAGAAAUUCGAUUUUGAAGAUUUGAAAGUUUUAGAACGUGCCGAGCGAAGGAAAGCUAAGAUACGGCCGUUCAUGAAAGACAUCUUCGUCUCUGUAUACAAUAAGGAUCUACUCGCCUACCCGGAGAUUUUGAAUAAAGAAGAGUCUGAAGCUUUGGACGCACGCAUCGAUGUCUUGGACAAGACAUUCUCCGAUCCGGAAAAAAGUAAAGAUGACCGAUCCAGAGUACUGAAAGGGACCAGAAUGUAUGGCGCGCCCGCUCCGUUGACCAAUAACGGUUUAGCAUCGAAUAGUACAGAAUUAAUUCGUUAUUUAGAAAUAAUAUCCACUGAUAUAAAUUUAGGACUGGAAAUAAGUGAUCAUUGGGUUGGUUUAGAGAUUUUAAAGAAAGGUUUAUUAGAUGAGCACUACCAGCAAAUAAUCACUGAUGUGACCAGUGGUGAACAUAGCAUUGUGCUAGCAAUUAAGGAGAAAAUUGCUGAACGGAUCACACAAGCUGAUUUUAGGACAACAGCCGAGUUAGAUGGACAAAAUGUAUGGAGGAUAACUGGUGAGAAAAUUUGCAACAAAACAAAUGGAUACUUCCUCGUACUGUGCUGUAUCGAGGGGUCCAGGCUGAGGGCUUACCUGGUGCAUCCCGGAGCAGAUGGUGUCAGUUACAAAGAUGGAGUUGUUGAGUUCAAAAAAACUACCGCCACACCACUCAGCGAGAUCUCAGAGCAAGCAUUAGCACAGACACUCGGUCUGUCUCGUCUCCACGCGGCUACGCUAUGUCGCACUACUUUAAAAAGGGCAAUGCACUCAUGCGUUGAAUAUGUACAACCUAGGGUAUUUUCAGGGAAACCGCUAUCAGAGCUGUCCACCAUCCGCGCCACCAUCGGCGAGGCGUUACUCAACGUGUACGCGGCCGAGAGCGCCGAAUACUUCACGGCGGGCCUGAUAGACGGAUAUCUGGAGCCUGAUGCUGAACUAGAAAUGGCUAUGUGCAGGAACUUCAUCGCGAACAAUGGCCUGGCUACGAUGCUCAAACUGCUCAAUAUACCGGCUCUAGAGAAGGCUGAAGAGUGUGAGAGGCUGUUGAACGAUAUGAGACACUUGGCCACGUACGGCGAGAACUUGGACAGCGUUAACAUGUUCAUAGCACUGAACGGCAUCCACCACGCUGGCAAGAUGAUGUCGGAAGAAAUAAAGCAAAUCAGGAAUCCUGUUUUACACCCGGGUUUUCUAUUCAAGAAGGCCUUAGCCAACAGGAAACAGGAAAAGGACGACCCGACCCUAGACCUGUUCCUGGCUGAGCACCUCCACCCAUCGCUGCGUCCUCCGGCCGAACAACUGGAGUACUGCGUACUGCGUAUAAAGUACGCCUGUGAAACAUUGAUGAGCAGACAUGGGAUGAAGGUGGCCACAGCGUAUACAGAACUCAGCCGAUUAGCAGAAGCCACAACAGAAAUACUAGUUAUGUCAGCCGUCUUAGCCCGAGCGUCCAGAGCAUACUGUAUCGGACUGAGAAACGCCGAGUUAGAAAUGAAACUCGCUGCCAGCUUCGUCAGCAAGACCAAAGACAAAGUGCGCAAACUGAUACUCGAAAUCGACGACGGAGAAUACCUGAACCUUGACCAUUUCAAAAUAUCGUUCGGCAAGAAAGUUCUAGAAACGAAUUCUGUGAUAGUCGAGAAACCGACCGCUAGGGUCUUCUGGUAAUAUCGAGUCGAAAGAACUGCGAAAAAUGCUAUGUAUGUGAACUAAUUAUGGUAAAAUUUCCACGCGUGGUAUACACAACACAUUGUAUAUAUCCACACGUAGUAUAUACCACAUAUGGUCAUUAUUACACUUAGUUUAUACUACAUAAGGUCAUUACCACACUUGGUAUAUACCACAUAAGGUCAUUACCACACUUGGUUUAUACCACAUAGGGUUUUGCCACACUUGGUUUAUACAACAUAUGGUCAUUACCACACUUGGUUUAUACAACAUAAUGUUAUUACCACACUUGAUUUAUACCACAUAAGGUCAUUGCCACACUUUGUUUACACCACAUAAGGUCAUUACCACACUUGGUUUAUACCAAUGUAUGAACAGUGGAAGAUGUUUAUAUAGUAUGAAUAUUCUAGUUAUAAUUAUUUAGGUUGUUUUGUAAAUAAAAACUCUAUGUUAUUUA